GAGUGUUCCUCAUUCCCUAUGUGUUGUUCAUAUUUCUGGGAGGCAUUCCGAUAUUCUUCCUGGAGAUUGCGCUGGGUCAGUUUAUGAAGGCUGGAAGCAUCAAUGUGUGGAACAUUGCACCUCUUUUUAAAGGACUUGGCUAUGCCUCCAUGGUGAUUGUGUUUUUCUGUAACACGUACUACAUCAUGGUACUUGCCUGGGGUUUCUACUACUUCAUAAAGUCUUUAAAUUCCACGCUGCCCUGGUCCACCUGCGACAACCCGUGGAACACCGAAAACUGCAUAGAGACCUUCCGCCACGACGACUGCCAAAACGGCACCAUUGGCAACUCCACAUUCGGGAACCUGACGUGUGAAGAGCUUGCUAAUGGGCGUUCCCCUAUUAUUGAAUUCUGGGAGAACAAGGUUCUGAACAUCUCUGAUGGGCUGGAUGAGCCAGGAGUCAUAAACUGGGAACUGAUGCUGUGUCUUAUGGCUGUGUGGGUGAUGGUUUACUUCUGUGUGUGGAAGGGGGUGAAGUCAACAGGAAAGGUGAGACCCGCUUUCUUUAGUGCUUCUCAUUACAUGUGUGAACCCUGUGUGGGGUGAAGACAGGUAAAAGCAGCACUCAGUCACAUGGACAGCAGAGAAUCAAAUACCUGCACUACAACUUAAGCUUGGCUAUGUAACAGUGGUAACUAGUAUUGGGGAAGCUACUAACCAC